AUGGCGCGGGGCGGCGGGCGGCUGCAGCCCCGCACCGCCGCUGCCCCUGCCCGCCGGGGCCGGGGGCCGCUCGGCCUCCUGUGCCUGGCGCUGCUGUGCGCGCUGGGCGCCGCCGAGGCGGAGUUCUCCAUCCUGGACGAGGCGCAAGUCCUGGCCAGCCAGAUGAGGAAACUCGCCACCGAGGAGCUGAGGGUCGUCACCAUGCAGAGGAUAUUCAAUUCCUUCGUGUACACAGAGAAAAUAUCGAAUGGAGAAAGCGAAGUUCAACAGCUGGCAAAAAAAAUCCGUGAGAAAUUCAACCGUUACUUGGACGUUGUGAAUCGGAACAAGCAGGUGGUGGAGGCUUCAUACACUGCUCACCUCACCUCACCCCUGACUGCCAUCCAGGACUGCUGUACCAUCCCCCCAUCCAUGAUGGAAUUCGAUGGGAAUUUCAACACCAACGUUUCCAGAACCAUCAGCUGUGACAGACUCUCAACCACUGUCAACAGCAGAGCCUUCAAUCCUGGACGUGACUUAAAUUCUGUCCUUGCUGAUAACCUGAAGUCUAACCCAGGAAUUAAGUGGCAAUAUUUCAGCUCAGAAGAAGGGAUUUUCACCGUGUUCCCAGCCCACAAGUUCCGGUGUAAAGGCAGCUAUGAACACCGCAGCAGGCCCGUCUACGUCUCGACCGUUCGCCCUCAGUCCAAGCACAUCGUGGUCAUCGUGGACCACGGGGCCUCUGUGUCAGAGACACAGCUCCAGAUUGCCAAGGAUGCUGCCCAGGUCAUCCUCAGCUCCAUUGAUGAGCACGACAAGAUCUCGGUGCUGACGGUGGCGGACGCGGUGCGGACGUGCUCCCUGGACCAGUGCUACAAGACCUUCCUGUCCCCUGCCACCAGUGAGACCAAGAGGAAGAUGUCCACCUUUGUCAGCAGCAUCAAGGCCUCUGACAGCUCCACACAGCACGCCCUGGGAUUCCAAAAAGCUUUCCAGCUCCUCCGGAACACCAACAACGGCACCAGGCUCCAAGGAAAUACUGACAUGGUCAUCAUUUAUCUCUCGGCCGGGAUCACAUCAAAAGAUUCCUCAGAAGAUGAUAAAAAAUCCACUCUGCGUGUCAUCAACGAAGAAAACAGCUUCCUCAAUAACUCAGUGAUGAUCCUCACUUAUGCCCUCAUGAAUGAGGGGGUGACAGGGCUGAAGGAGCUGGCCUUCCUGCGGGACCUGGCCGAGCAGAACUCGGCCAAGUACGGCGUGGCCGACCGCAGCGCCCUCCCCGUCACCAAGGGCAGCAUGAUGGUCCUCAACCAGCUCAGCAACCUGGAGACCACCGUGGGCAGGUUCUACACAAACCUGCCCAACAGGAUGAUCGAUGAGGCCGUGUUCAGCCUGCCCUUCUCGGAUGAGAUGGGGGAUGGCCUGAUAAUGACUGUCAGCAAACCCUGUUACUUUGGGAACCUCCUGCUGGGGAUUGUUGGAGUUGAUGUCAAUCUUGCCUAUAUCUUGGAAGAUGUCACCUAUUACCAGGACUCCUUGGGAUCCUACACCUUCCUCAUCGAUAAUAAAGGGUACACUCUGAUGCACCCCUCCCUGACCAGGCCCUACCUGCUGUCUGAGCCUCCUCUCCACACAGACAUCAUCCACUACGAGAACAUCCCCAAGUUUGAGCUGGUGCGCCAGAACAUCCUCAGCAUUCCCUUGGGCAGCCAGAUCAUCACAGUUCCUGUGAACUCCUCGCUGUCCUGGCACGUCAACAAGCUGAGGGAGAUUGGGAAAGAAGCCUACAACGUCAGCUAUGCCUGGAAAAUGGUGCAGGACACGUCCUUCAUCCUGUGUGUGGUGGUGAUCCAGCCAGAAAUUCCUGUGAAGCAGCUGAAGAACCUCAACACCGUCCCCAGCAGCAAACUGCUCUACCACAGGCUGGACCUGCUGGGCCAGCCCAACGCCUGCCUGCACUUCAAGCAGCUGGCCACGCUGGAGAGCCCCACGGUGAUGCUGUCUGCAGGCAGCUUCUCCUCCCCCUACGAGCACCUGAGCCAGCCCGAGACCAAGCGGAUGGUGGAGCACUACACGGCCUACCUGAGCGACAACACGCGCCUCAUCGCCAACCCCGGCCUCAAGUUUUCUGUCAGGAAUGAAGUAAUGGCAACCAGUCACGGCACGGAUGAAUGGAUGACCCAGAUGGAGAUCAGUGGCCUCAACAGUUACAUUGUCAGGCGUUACAUAGCAACCCCCAACGGGGUGCUCCGCAUCUACCCCGGCUCCCUCAUGGACAAAGCAUUUGAUCCCACCAGGAGACAAUGGUACCUGCAUGCAGUGGCCAAUCCAGGACUGAUCACCUUCACUGGGCCCUACCUGGACGUGGGAGGGGCUGGAUAUGUGGUGACCAUCAGCCACACUGUCCAUUCCUCCAGUGCUCAGAUGUCCUCAGGACACUCCGUGGCCGUGAUGGGCAUCGACUUCACCCUCAGAUAUUUCUACAAAGUCCUCAUGGACCUGCUGCCAGUUUGUAACCAAGAUGGGGGAAACAAAAUCAGGUGUUUCAUCAUGGAGGACAGGGGGUACCUGGUGGCACAUCCAACCCUCAUCGACCCCAAGGGCCACGCGCCCGUGGAGCAGCAGCACAUCACACACAAGGAGCCUCUGGUAGCAAACGACAUCCUGAACCACCCCAACUUCGUCAAGAAAAACCUCUGCAACAGCUUCAGCGACAGGACCGUGCAGCGCUUCUAUAAAUUCAACACCAGCUUAGUGGGUGACCUGACCAACCUGGUGCACGGCAGUCACUGCUCCAAGUACAGGCUGACGAGGAUCCCGGGCACCAACGCCUUCGUGGGCAUCGUCAACGAGACCUGCGACUCGCUGGCCUUCUGUGCCUGCAGCAUGGUGGACAGGCUGUGCCUCAACUGCCACAGGAUGGAACAGAACGAGUGUGAGUGUCCCUGUGAGUGCCCACUGGAGGUGAACGAGUGCACUGGGAACCUGACCAAUGCCGAGAGCAGGAAUCCGAGCUGUGAGGUGCAUCAGGAGCCGAUGACUUUCACGGCCAUCGAUCCCAGCCUGCAGGAUGCUCUCCCACAGUGCAUCAACACCCAGUGCAACCAGAGGACAGAGAGUGGGGAUUGCUUUGGAGUGCUGGACUGCGAGUGGUGCAUGGUGGACAGCGAUGGGAAGACUCACCUGGACAAGUCCUACUGUGCCCCUCAGAAGGAAUGCUUUGGUGGCAUCGUGGGAGCCAAGAGUCCCUAUGUGGAUGACCUGGGAGCAAUAGGAGAUGAGGUGAUCACCCUGAACAUGAUCAAGAGUGCCCCCGUGGGCCCCGUGGCUGGAGGCAUCAUGGGCUGCAUCAUGGUGCUGGUGCUGGCCGUGUAUGCGUACCGGCACCAGAUCCACCGCCGCAGCCACCAGCACAUGUCCCCGCUGGCAGCACAGGAAAUGUCAGUGCGUAUGUCCAACCUGGAAAAUGACAGGGAUGAGAGGGAUGAUGACAGCCACGAAGACAGAGGAAUCAUCAGCAACACGCGGUUCAUCGCGGCCGUGAUCGAGCGCCACGCGCACAGCCCCGAGCGCCGCCGCCGCUACUGGGGCCGCUCCGGCACCGAGAGCGACCACGGCUACAGCACCAUGAGCCCUCAGGAGGACAGCGAGAACCCCCCCUGCAAUAACGACCCUCUCUCGGCCGGCGUGGACGUGGGGACCCACGACGAGGAGCUGGAGCUGGACACGCCACCGCAGACAGCCGCGCUGCUGAGCCACAAAUUCCACCACUACCGCCUGCACCACCCUGCCCUGCACCACAGCCACCACCUGCAGGCUGCUGUCACCGUGCACACCGUGGAUGCUGAGUGCUGAGGGCACACAGCCACCACU